GCGGAAGUGAGGUACGAGCUGUGUGCGCGUGCUCUUCUAGCCAUGUCGGCAGACCAGGAACCUUUGGAGUUCCACCCGAAGCGGCCCUGGCGUCCGAAAGAGGUGACCGAAGAUCCGGACGAGGAAGACGCCGAAGAGAGCGAUGCCGCCAAGAAUGGCUUCUCCCUGGAGGAAGUGCUGCGCCUCGGAGGCACCAAGCAAGAUUACCUUAUGCUGGCUGCUUUGGAUGAGAAUGAAGAAGUAGUGGAUGGAGGCAAAAAAGGAGCAAUAGAUGACCUUCAGCAAGGUGAAUUGGAGGCAUUUAUUCAGAAUCUUAAUUUGGCCAAGUAUGCAAAAUCUUCAGUUGAAGAAGAUGAGCCAGAUAAAAAAGAAAAUGCCAGCCAAAAAGAAGUAAAAGUAUCUAAAGUAGAUAAUAAAAAGCAAAAACCAGCAGAAAUCAAAAGGACAUCCAUAAGCAAAGCGAAAAAUAAGAAUGGACCAGAACAGCAUUCUGGUAACAACAGUUCCAUACCAAAAGCCAAGAAAGAUGAUCAACAGGACAUGUUUGAGUUUCUUGAGAGGCCCACUUUGUUACUGAAAUCUGGAGGCAAAUGGUAUGAUUUGGAGUACUGCAAUGAAUAUUCUCUGGAACCCCAGCCUCAAGAUACAGUGUCUAAGUACAAAGCACUGGCUCAGAAGCUGUAUGAGCAUGAAGUCAACUUGUUCAAAAGUAAGACAAAUCAAAAGGGAGCCUCUUCCACCUGGAUGAAGGCCAUUGUGUCAUCUGGGACACUGGGUGACAGGAUGGCAGCCAUGAUCCUUCUCAUCCAGGAUGAUGCUAUUCAUACACUCCAGUUUGUUGAAACGCUUGUGAACCUUGUUAAGAAGAAGGGCAGUAAGCAACAGUGCCUCAUGGCUUUGGAUACUUUCAAAGAGUUACUCAUUACGGACCUUUUGCCGGAUAGUCGGAAGCUGCGGAUUUUCAGUCAACAUCCUUUUAACAAAUUGGAGCAAUUGUCUAGUGGCAACAAGGACUCAAGAGAUAGAAGACUAAUAUUGUGGUACUUUGAACACCAGCUGAAACACUUAGUGGCUGAAUUUGUACAGGUCUUAGAAACUUUAAGUCAUGAUUCCUUAGUGACCACUAAAACUCGAGCUCUGAUAGCUGCUCAUGAGCUUCUUUGUGAUAAGCCUGAGGAAGAAAAGGCGCUUCUUGUGCAGGUCAUAAAUAAACUGGGAGAUCCUCAGAACAGAAUCGCCACAAAAGCUUCCCAUCUGUUAGAGAUUUUACUUCGUAAACAUCCCAAUAUGAAAGGAGUUGUGUGUGGAGAAGUAGAAAGGCUCCUCUUUCGCUCAAAUAUCAGCCCCAAAGCUCAGUAUUAUGCAAUUUGCUUCUUAAAUCAAAUGGCCCUCUCCCAUGAAGAAAGUGAAUUGGCUAACAAAUUAAUAACUCUUUAUUUUUGUUUUUUUCGGACUUGUAUCAAGAAAAAAGAUAUUGAAUCAAAAAUGCUCAGUGCCCUUUUAACAGGGGUGAAUAGAGCAUACCCUUAUUCCCAGACCAGUGACGACAAAGUGCGGGAGCAGGUGGACACAUUAUUCAAAGUGUUGCAUGUUGUAAAUUUUAAUACUAGUGUACAGGCUUUAAUGCUACUUUUCCAAGUAAUGAAUUCUCAACAGACAAUAUCUCAUCGAUAUUAUACAGCAUUAUACAGAAAGAUGUUGGAUCCAGGGUUGAUGACGUGUUCCAAGCAAGCUAUGUUUCUUAACCUUCUCUACAAAUCUCUGAAAGCAGACAUCAUGUUGCGCCGGGUGAAGGCCUUUGUGAAGAGAUUACUUCAAGUUACUUGUACACAGAUGCCGCCGUUUAUAUGUGGAGCUUUGUAUCUUGUGUCUGAGAUCCUUAAAGCAAAGCCAGACUUAAGAAGUCAACUAGAUGAUCACCCGGACUCUGAUGAAGAGAAAUUUGUUGAUGUAGAAGACGACAGUGACAAAGAAAAAUUCACUGAUGCAGACAAAGAAACAGAAGUAGAUACAGUGAAAAAAGUUGAGACAGAAGAAACUGUGUCCGAAAGUGAUAAAGAAACUGAAAAACCAAAGACUGCUUCCUGGGUACACUUUGAUAAUCUGAAAGGUGGCAAGCAGUUAAGUACGUACGAUCCAUUCAAUAGAAAUCCUUUGUUCUGUGGAGCUGAAAAUACAAGUCUUUGGGAACUCAGAAAGUUAUCUGAGCAUUUUCAUCCCUCUGUGGCCCUUUUUGCAAAGACUAUCCUUGAGGGAAAUUAUAUUCAGUAUUCAGGGGACCCACUCCAGGAUUUCACACUAAUGAGAUUCUUGGAUCGAUUUGUAUACCGAAAUCCAAAGCUACAUAAAGGCAAAGAAAACACUGACAGUGUUGUGAUGCAACCAAAGAGGAAACAUUUUAUAAAUGAUGUCCGUAAUUUUGCUGUGAAUAGUAAAGAGUUCCUUGCAAAAGAAGAAAGCCAGAUACCAGUGGAUGAAGUGUUUUUCCACAGGUAUUAUAAAAAAGUUGCUGUUGUUAAAGAGAAACAAAAAUGGAAUGCAGAUGAAGAAAAAAUUAUAGAAGAUGUUGAUGAUGAAGAAUUUGAACAGAUGAUUGACACACUUGAAAAUGAAAACUGCUUCACUCCUAAAAAGGAUGAUCUUGAUUUUGCCAGCAAUGUGAAGAAAAAAACAAAAGGAGCUAUGGAUGACUUGGGAGAUUCAGAGAGUAGUGACGAUGAACUUGGUAACCUGGAUGAUGAUGAAGUUUCUUUAGGAAGUAUGAAUGAUGAAGAAUUUGAAAUUGAUGAAGAUGGAGGAACAUUCAUGGAUGUGUUAGAUGAUGAAAGUGAAGGCAUUCCAGAAUUUGAUGAAGUCAGUCCCAAAGCCAAUACUAAGAAAAGCAAGAGAAAAAGUGAAGAUGAUUUUGACUUUGUUGGGUCAUUUGAAGAGUCAAGGAAAAAGAAGAAAAAUAGUUUCAAUGACUCCAGCCUGUUUGUAUCUGCUGAAGAGUUUGGUCAUCUGUUGGAUGAAAACAUGGGAUCCAAGUUUGAUAGCACUGGCAUGAAUGCCAUGGCUAACAAAGAUAAUGCAAGUCAUAAACAGCUGAGAUGGGAGGCUGAACGGGAUGACUGGCUACACAACAGAGAUGUGAAGAGUAUCAUCAAGAGAAAGAAAAAUUUCAAAAAGAUGAGAAACCCUCAAAAAACAAAAAAACAAAGGAAAUGAGAGCUUCAGAGUGAACAAUAAAUUAAGAUUCU